AUGGCAUAUCAGGACAUCAAGAAUGCAGAGGAAGAUUUGGAAUGUGUGCUAACCGCUGCCAAGACGGUUCAGAGAAAUCAACCUGGCGCAAUUCAGGUGGAGGAUGCGAAGGUGUAUUGCUUCGACGUACAGCAUACGUUAGGGCAGCAGCGGCACGGCAAUGCGAUCCCCUCUUCUCAAGAGCUCUUGGUCCAGAUGAAGGACAUGCGGCGCGAGAUGGCGCAGAAUUUUUUGGAGAUGCGGCGUGAGACAAACCAGAGCUUCGUGGAGAUCCGACGAACUCUUGGCCAGCACUCCGUUAUGCUGCGAUCCGUCCAUAACAUGGCACCUAAGGCGUCGAAUGCGCGGCACGGCGAUGGGAAGAACAUUCCUUAUGAAGUUGUUUUCCAUGGGCCCAUCGAAGACAACCUCGGCCCGCAGCCGCCUAUUACGUCGUUCCAAGUUAUCCGGGGUGCCACGACCCGCGUCCUCUCCGGCUGGGAGAGGUAUUAUGACGUGGAAGUUGUUGGUGGUGCAGCCGUCUUGUUGGAUCUUCAGCGGGUUAUCAUGCCGUGUGUGGGUGCCGACGUAAGUCUGCUCUCAGUUGUACGGAUAAUGCGUAUACAAUACUUUAGCUAA